AUGCUCAACAAACUUGGCAUUGAUGAUUCUCCAAUACCCGUUCUUGGUUUCUUUGCACCUUGCUCACACCCUCGAGUAUCGAAUUAUCUAACUCUUUUAUCUGAGUCUUUACCUUCUAAAUCAAGUGAAGCAUCAUUAAUACCAGAGCCAAGCCACGGAAACAGGAACAUGUGUUCUGUUUCGGGGAUACUUUACAAUACUAAUACUGUGGAGAGUUUCCAUGCACUUGAUAAACAGAAUCUCUUAAAGGAAGAGGCCAGAAAGAUAUGGGAUGACAUUCAAACUGGAAGAGCUGUGGAGGAUUGUUCGGUACUUUCAAGAUUUCUCCUUAUUUCUUUUGCAGACCUGAAAAAGUGGAGUUUUCAUUACUGGUUUGCUAUCCCUGCUUUGAUGAUUGAUCCUCCUGCAACCGUGGUUAAUUUAAGUCCAGCUUCUAAGUGGUUGAGCAAGGAAGAGGCAGAGUCUCUCUCUGCAUCCUGUAACGAGUGGCGUGGUUCGAAAUCCACAGCAGAUGUCCCAUUCUUUUUAGUAGCUAUAGAUCCAAAUUCACAUGCUACUGUUAGGCUUCUGAAGGACUGGGAAGCUUGUCAAAGCAAUGCUCACAAGAUCCUAUUUGUGUUUUACGACCCGUGUCAUCUCCCAAAUAAUCCUGGAUGGCCUCUCCGCAACUUCUUAGCACUUAUUUCUGCAAGGUGGAAUCUCAAGUCUGUUCAAUUUUUCUGCUACAGAGAGAACCGUGGUUUUGCUGAUAUGAGCUUGUCUCUUGUUGGUGAAGCAUUAUUAACAGUUCCACAAGGGUGGAAAGAUUCGGUGCCUAAUGCAGUAGGAUGGGAACUUAAUAAGGGAAGAAAAGUACCUAGGUGUAUUAGUCUUGCACAAUCCAUGGAUCUAACCAGGUUGGCCGUAUCUGCUAUAGAUUUGAAUUUAAAGCUUAUGAGGUGGCGUGCUUUGCCAUCUAUGGACUUGAGUGCUUUGUCUUCCCUCAAGUGUCUUCUCCUUGGAGCAGGCACACUUGGAUGCCAGGUUGCGCGCAUGCUUAUGGCAUGGGGUGUCCGAAAAAUUACUCUAGUUGACAAUGGCAGGGUGGCUAUGUCUAAUCCAUUAAGGAAGUCUCUUUAUACUUUGGAUAACUGUCUUAAUGGCGGAGAGUUUAAAGCUACAGCAGCAGUUGAAAGUCUCAAACGGAUAUUUCCAGUAGUGGAAGCGGAAGGCAUUGUUAUGGCUAUACCAAUGCCUGGACACCCAGUAAAUAGCCAUGAACAGGAGAGUGUACUUCACGAUUGCAGACAUUUGUGCGAUUUGAUUGAUGCUCAUGAUGCAGUUUUUUUAUUGACGGAUACAAGGGAAAGUCGUUGGCUCCCAACACUUCUCUGUGCCAAUGCUAACGAGAUUACCAUGACUGCAGCACUAGGGUUUGAAAGUUUCUUGGUAAUGCGCCACGGAGCGGGUCCUUUCAGUAGCGCCGGUGACUUGAGUGCUGAAACAGCUAGUUCUUCAUCUGCCGAUUUGCGUUUGAAUGAUACAAAUGUGAAACAUAGACUGGGGUGCUAUUUCUGA